GCAGCCUUGAAAUGGGUUAUGAGAAGAGACUCAGAAGAGAACAAUUGAAGUGAUUUCCAUAAGCAUGAACCCAACAAGUCAAGCAGGUGUGAUCAGCAGAACAGAAUGCAGCUUUCAAGGGGCUUAAUCAGAAGAUAUUCCCACCAAUAGUGAAUGAAGGUUUAUUUCAAGCUGUUGGCUUGUGGGAGUCUGAGAGAUGCUGUUGUCCAUGACAUUUUGGAAUUAUCAUGAUCAACUACCCAGUUUGGAUUCCACCCAAUGGUCAAGAGCUUUGCAUGGUAGACAUCAAGAGUUGGAUUUUUAAACAGAGUAAACCAGGCUCCUGACCUAGAUAUAGACUAAGAGGUGGAGUCAUGCUUCACACGGCCAUAUCAUGUUGGCAGCCAUACCUGGGUCUGGCUGUGGUGUUAGUCUUCAUGGGAUCCACCAUUGGCUGCCCUGCUCGCUGUGAAUGUUCUGCCCAGAACAAAUCCGUUAGCUGCCAUAGAAGGCGGUUGAUUGCUAUCCCAGAGGGCAUUCCUAUAGAGACCAAAAUAUUGGACCUCAGCAAAAACAGACUGAAGAGUGUGAACCCUGAAGAAUUCAUAUCCUAUCCUCUACUCGAGGAGAUAGACCUGAGUGACAACAUCAUCGCCAAUGUGGAACCAGGAGCAUUUAACAAUCUCUUUAAUCUUCGGUCCCUACGACUAAAGGGCAAUCGCCUGAAGUUGGUCCCCUUGGGGGUAUUCACGGGGCUAUCCAACCUCACAAAGCUUGAUAUUAGUGAGAAUAAGAUUGUCAUAUUGCUGGACUACAUGUUCCAGGAUCUGCAUAACCUAAAGUCUCUAGAAGUGGGGGACAAUGAUUUGGUUUAUAUAUCACACAGGGCCUUCAGUGGGCUGCUAAGCUUGGAGCAGCUCACUCUGGAGAAAUGCAACCUAACAGCAGUACCAACAGAAGCGCUCUCUCACCUCCGCAGCCUCAUCAGCCUGCAUCUGAAGCAUCUCAACAUCAACAAUAUGCCCGUGUAUGCCUUUAAGAGAUUGUUCCACCUGAAACACCUAGAGAUUGACUAUUGGCCUUUACUAGAUAUGAUGCCUGCCAAUAGCCUUUACGGUCUCAACCUAACAUCUCUCUCAAUCACCAAUACCAACCUGUCCACCGUACCCUUCCUUGCCUUUAAACACCUGGUGUAUCUAACCCACCUUAACCUCUCCUACAACCCCAUCAGUACUAUCGAAGCAGGCAUGUUCUCUGACCUGAUCCGCCUUCAGGAGCUUCAUAUCGUGGGGGCCCAGCUCCGUACCAUUGAGCCUCACUCCUUCCAAGGGCUCCGUUUCCUUCGAGUGCUCAAUGUGUCUCAGAACCUACUGGAAACUUUGGAAGAGAACGUCUUCUCCUCCCCUAGGGCUUUGGAGGUCCUGAGCAUCAAUAACAACCCUCUGGCCUGUGACUGCCGUCUCCUCUGGAUCCUGCAGCGGCACCCCACUCUGCAGUUCGGGGGCCAACAACCCAUGUGUGCCGGCCCAGACACCAUCCGUGAAAGAUCGUUCAAGGAUUUCCAUAGCACCGCCCUCUCUUUUUACUUUACCUGCAAAAAGCCCAAGAUCCGUGAAAAGAAACUGCAGCAUCUGCUAGUGGAUGAAGGUCAAACAGUCCAGCUGGAAUGCAAUGCUGACGGAGAUCCCCAACCUGUGAUUUCCUGGGUGACACCUCGGAGGCGUUUUAUCACCACCAAGUCCAACGGAAGAGCUACGGUGCUGGGCGAUGGCACCUUGGAAAUCCGCUUUGUUCAAGACCAAGACAGUGGGAUGUAUAUUUGCAUCGCGAGCAACGCUGCUGGAAACGACACCUACACGGCCUCCUUAACUGUGAAAGGAUUCACUUCAGACCGCUUCCUUUACGCCAACAGGACCCCUAUGUACAUGACCGACUCCAAUGACACCACUUCCAAUGGCACGAAUGCCAAUACCUUUUCCCUGGACCUUAAAACAAUACUGGUGUCUACAGCCAUGGGCUGUUUCACAUUCCUGGGAGUGGUUUUAUUUUGUUUUCUCCUCCUUUUUGUGUGGAGCCGAGGAAAAGGCAAGCACAAAAACAGCAUUGACCUUGAGUACGUGCCCCGAAAAAACAACGGUGCUGUUGUGGAAGGGGAGGUGGCUGGACCCAGGAGAUUCAACAUGAAAAUGAUCUGAGGGUUGAUCUAACCUCAGAUCAAUCAGAAAAUGAUCUAACCAUCUUAGAUGAUGGUUUCUGUGUCACUGUUGGUAACCAGUAAGACAGUCUGGCACAGUAAAUUACAAUGAAAAGGCAGCUUGGAGAAGCUGCCCUUAUGUCAAAGCAGGGUCCUUGGAAGCAGGAGGAAUUCUUAUGGAGACUCUUCACCUAGAGGCAAGCAGACAUGUGUCAGAGUGCUCCACACAGUGGGAUACUAAUUGUUUGCAUUGCAAAUAUUGGCAUUCUGGGGAUCUCAGUAAUGAACCUGAACCUUUGGCUCAUACUCAUGAACAAUUACUCAACAUUUUCUACCACUGCAAAAACAAAAGAAAAUAUAAAAAGAACAACCUACAAUGUAGGAUUUACAUGUUUAAAAAGACACAUUUGUCUAAAACAUACUCUUCAGAAAAAUUUGUAUCUAUGAUUAUCAUUUGUUAAAAGCCUUGCAUCAUACUAUGUUGAUUCAGUAUCACACACCAAAAAAAAUAUAUUCUUUCCUUUUUUUAAAACAUAUAUGCUGUAUAUGUUUUAAAGCAAUAUGAAUGAGAGGUUGUGCUUUUAGUUACUCACCAAUAUAGAUCCAAGUGUGAUUUCACUUUCCUUUACGUACGAUACCCUUGAGUCUAGAUCCCUGGAGUUUUGGGCAGAGACAUGUUGAAAGAUGCAAUUGUCUGAUGUAGGAUGUCAAGAAAAAGGACCCAAGGCAAAACUGCUCUACUCUGUUAACUUCUGUUACUAUAAAUAAAGGCAUGUGCCUAGUUUUGAUACAGAAUGGAAUAUUUUUUAUACUUGUGAUAUCACAUUGGACCAGUUUACUGUAACAAAGCCCUUGGUUUCUCCAAAAGGUGGUGUGCACUGGUAGUACCUGAAAAAUGCAAGGUAGGUGUUAAAUAAUGAAAACGGUUCAUUUGUCAAGAGCUUGAUUUUCCUUUCACCAGUUGUGAAUAAUGGUUUCAUAGAAAAUGGAAGAAGCUAUACUUGUUAUAAAUUCAGAUAGGAUAAUAUUCACCUUGUAGUCAAGAUCAAGAAGCCAGAUAUUUGAACAUUUUCUGGAUAAAAAAAAAAUUCUUCUUAGAUGCCAACACAAACCAGGGUGACCCAUGCACAACAUGAUGUUAAUGUAACUAAGGACCUGUUUAAAAUUUGAUAAAACUUGAUGGCUGAAUUGUUGCCAAAGGAAAGAUCCAGCUACUGCCACUCUGAUGUUGUCUGUUCAGUACUGUACACACAGUAUCAGCCUGAAGGGGCAGCUUUAGAGUUUCUCCCGAUUUCCUUACCAAAUAAACAUUGGCUGUUUUUGUUCAUUUAUCUUGUUUAGACAACCUGCAUCUGUCUUGCUUUUAAAGAGCUGAAGAGAAACAAAGUGGAAAAGGCUGAGAUUUUUUUCUCUCCAGCAAGGAAAAAGAUUAUCCCCUAUAAUUUGCAAAUUGUGCGGACAUUUUAUCCUUCUGAACCUAGAAUAUUUUCCCAAUUCAACUUAUACUAAUUAUUGUUAUUCAAAAGAUUUUAUGGGCC